AUGUCCGACGACGAAGAAGCUCCACUCCCCGCAACCAUCCAGAUCUCUAACAACGGCGUUCUCAUCCGUAACAUCGAAACCAUGAUGCAAGAGUUGGGAUUGCCCGACCCUGAUCACCACGCCGCCAAUGUGAACGCCGAUGCUGAAGUCGUGGCAGCAAGGAGAUUAGUUGCGGAAAUGAAGGAGCUGCAGGAGCUUGCGGAAGAACGUUUGGGAUUGCCAGACCGUGAUCACCACGCAGCCAAUGCGAACGCCGAUGCUGAAGUUGUGGCAGCAAGGAGAUCAGUUGCGCAAGCGAAGAAGCUGCUGAAGCUUGCGGAUGAACGUUUCCAUCGUGUGCAUGAUAUAUCCAUUGCUAUGGGUGCGGAGAAGGGUAGGAAGAUUGGAGCCUUGCGUACGCUAAUGAAGAAGACUAAACAGGCUAUGAAGAAGACUAAACAGGCUAUGAAGAAGACUAAACAGGCUAUGAAGAAGACUAAACAGGCUAUGCGGGAGGAGGGGUGGACAGAUCUUGGGGAGGCAAGUGAAGAACAUGAUGCCAGCUCUGAUAGUAGCUGA